AUGGAUGCUAAUGCUUUAAAAGAAUCUUUCCCUAAAUUUGUUGAAGCUAUUUGUGACUAUUUAACUACUAUUAAAGAAGAAACUUAUCUAGAAAAUUGUGAUAAUUAUUAUCUAAUUGAGAAAAAUUAUGGUGAUAAAAUAUUAAAUUGUUUUAUGAAACGUGUAUUUAAAUCAAAUGAAUAUAUUAAUAAGCAUUUUUUUAGUACACUUUUUCAAGUUCACAUAAAACAAAUUGUUAAAUAUUUUUCAGAAAAUUUUACAUUUUUCAAGUCUGAAAAUAAUUUGAUAAAUAUUUUUAAUUGUUUUAUUAAAAAAAUAUAUUUUCAAAAUGGAAAUUAUCAAAUAAAUUUUGGUAAUAUUAAUAAAAUAUAUUACAAUGCUAAGGAUGUUAUAUCAUAUCCUAGUAUUGUUGCUGAAAUACUUAUGACAGCAGUUGGAUCACCAGGAUUUACAUGGCAAGCAUCACCACUUGUAACUGAAACAGAAUUAUUAAUGACUGAUUGGAUAGCUUAUUCAUUAAAUAUCCCUAAAUGUUUCUCUAACCAAUAUAAUAAAGGAAAUGGUGCAUUUCAUUAUACACUUGAAGAAUGUCUUAUUUUAUCUAUAGUAUGUGCAAAAAAUAGAAAAAUUCGUAUAUUAUCAGAUAAAUUAAUUGAUAAUAGUAAUAUGAUACAGUUAUGUAAAGAUGAUGUUCUUAUAGGUAAGCCUUCAUAUGACCAAUCUUCUGAAUGUUAUUCAUACUUUUCAAAACAUGAACCAAAAUACAAUAAAAAUCUAAAAGGUUAUUUUAUUGGGAAGGUAAAUUAUAAAUUACCAAAAAUAUUUAAAGAUUCAGGUGUACAAUUAGAAAUUCUAGAAAAUAUAAAUAAACAAUUACCUGAAUUAUUUAUAAAAACAAUACAAAAAGAUAAAGGAAAUUUUUUAUUUCCAUUUAUAUGUAUAUAUUCAAUUGAUUAUAAUAUAAUUGAUUCAUUAAUUAUUCUUGAAAAUAUAAUUUCAAUUUGCAAAAAAUAUAAUAUUUGGAUAACAGUAAAUUUAUCCAAUGUUACGGGAGAAUUAUUGAUAAAAAAAUAUUAUAAAUUAAAUAUAUUGUUAAAAAAUGUUGACUCUAUAGUAAGUGAUAUUCAAAGUGUAUUUUUAACAAAUGAACCAUGUACUAUAUUAUGGUUAAAAAAUUAUAAAGAAGCAGAGGAUAAUUUAUCAAUAACACCAACAUACUUAAGACAUUCAAAUCAAGGAAUGAUUGCUGAUUUAAGACAUAUUAGUUUUGGAUUUAGUAAAAGACCUCGUGGUAUACGAUUAUGGAUGAUUAUAUCAACAUUUGGUAUUGAGGGAUUAAAAAAUUUUUACAAAUAUAAAUAUGAUAAGAAUUUAUUAAUUGAAUUAAUUAAUCCUUUAGAUAUAGAAGAAUUUAAAAAAGCAGCAACAGCAGCAUUUAAAUUUAUUAUAAAAUAUUGGCAAAAUAUAAAUAAAAAUUUUCUUCCAACAUCAAAUUCACCACCAAUGACAAUUUCUGGUAUAUUAAAAUCAAAACCACCAAAAUAUGGAACAAGUUUAGAAAAUUUAAUACCAAUUUAUGAAAAAUUACUUGAACAUACAACACAUUGGCUUCAUCCAAAUUUUUUAGCAUACUUUCCAUGUCAUACAAAUUAUUUAUGUGUCUUAGGAGACCUUUUUGCUUCAGCAUUUGGUUAUCGUAUUAAUGAUGAAUUAAUAAACUUAGAAUAUGAAACAAUACAACAUAUUGGUAAAGAAAUGAAUUUAGAUGAAAAAUUUUGGAAAAAAGAAAAUAUAGAUUAUAGGAAAUGGUUUUAUGGUAGUGCUAGUGAAGGAACAUAUAAAAGUGUUUUAAUGGCAAGAGAAUAUGUUAUAAAAAAAUUUAAAAAUUUAUAUAAAUUAAAAGAAAAUAAUUUAAUUAAUAUAAAUAUAUUAGAUAAUUUGGAGAAAGAUUUAUUAAAAUAUUUAGAUGAAUGGGAUAUCAUUAAUGAUUUUAAUUGUUAUUUUUUAUAUAAUUAUUUAAUUGCUUAUACUUCAGAACAAGCACAUUCAUCAGUUGAAAAAGCUUAUUUACUUGCAAAUGUAAGAAUACGUAAACUUCCUAUAUAUUAUGAUAAUAAAUUAUCAAAUUUUACUAUAUAUAAUGGAGGAAUUGAAAAAGCAAUAUUUACAGAUCGUAAAAAUGGAAUGAUUCCUUUUUUUAUUACAUUACCUAUUGGUAGUACUUCAACAUGUGGUAUUGAUUCACCUGAAAUUUAUGCUCCAAUAUCUAAGAAAGAAGGUUUAUGGGUACAUUGUGACUCAGCCUAUUUGGGUGGUUUUUUUCUUUUACAAGAAUAUCAAUAUAUUUUAAAAGGUUUUUCAUAUGUUGAUUCAUUUGUUAUUAAUUUACAUAAAAGUAGUGUUAUAAAUCAAGAUGCUUCAAUGUUAUUUAUAUCAAAUAUUUAUGCAUCAUUAAAAGAAUUAAAUUCAUUAGGACCCAAUCCACGUGUUAACAGAAGUAUUAAAAUUUGGUUUCUUCAAAAAACUUUUGGUUUUGACAUGAUAAGAAAUAUUCAAAGACAACAAAUAAAAUGUGCCCAAUUUUUAGAAAGUCUUCUCUUAUCAAAAGAUUAUCUUGAAGUUGUAACAAAACAAAUAGCAGGAUUAGUUUGUUUUAAGUUAAAAAAUUGUUCCAAUGAAGAUAAUGAAAAAUUGUUUAAAAUAAUUAAUAAUAUAGAUAGGAGAAUUCACAUAACAGAGUCUCAUGUUAAUAGUAUUCAUUUUAUGAGAAUAUCAAUCAACAAUCCACAAAUGACUUAUCAUGAUAUAAACUUUAUUUUUAAAGUUAUAUGUGAAAAUAGUGAAAAGUUUAUUAAACAAAAAAAAUUAAUAUAA